CCACGUUCCUGCGUGUCCCCAGCUGUGACCUGGGCGUGUUUGUCACCCAGAGUGUCCCCAGAGUAUCCCCGGGGUGUCCCCAGAGUGUCCCCGGGGUGUCCCCAGCGACCAUGGAGCCCCUCGAGCUGUCCCCGGCCAUGCUGCAGCCACAGGUCACCGUGGUGGCCACCCUGGGCAAGCUACUGGCCACCCUGCCCAGUCUGGACGAGAUGAUGCUGCUGAACCAGUCUGCAGGGCGCCUGUACUGGGACCUGGUGGACUUCACCGAGGACCUCCAGGACACCCUGUACCGCACUGGUGACACCUGGUGGCACCACAAUGUCACCUCCAAUAAUGAUGACCCUCCCACCUCCCUGAGCCAGGCCCUGGCCGCCUACAAGAGCACCCCAGGGACCCCCCGGAACUGUGUGACAACGGUGGCCAGCGAGUGGCAGCGGUCAGUAGCCGCGCUCGUGGACAACUGGGCCCGGCUGACCAGGGCAGCCACCAAGCUCCGCAAUGCCUGCAGGACAGUGGCCACCAAGGCAGCUGACAAGGAGGCCAACGCCACCGCCUGGAAAAGACACAUGCAGGACAAGGCUGCCCGUUAUGGGACAGCGCAGGAAAACAUGGUGGAGCAGGGUCAGGCCCUAGGCAGGGAGGAGGGGGCCGAGGUGGUGACUGAGCAUGAAGCCUGGGUAAGGGAAGAGGCCAGGGAGGCUGCCAGUGAGGCGACCAAGGCCACCAAGGUGAGACAGCGCGUGGAGACGGCCCUGGGGCUGCUGGAGCGCUUGGUGGCCACGUGUGACAAAGCCACUGCCUUCCCCCGGGAGCUGCAGCGCCUCCUCAGGGACAUCGAGGCCGCCCUGGAGGGGACAAAUGAGGUGUCCCCCGAUGUCCCCGACGCCUUGGUGAUCAUGGUGGCCGUGGCCGAGCGGCUGUGGGACGCCAACGCCCGCCUGGCCCAGGAACACCUGCUGGGGACACUUCAAGACAUCAAGUUCUUGUUCAGUGGUCGUCCUGCCAGCCCCAGUGCCUGUGGGGUGGCCGAGUGGUGCCAAAGAGCCAUUGAGGACAUCCCAAGGCUCCUUCAACCACCAGAGUGUCCCCAGAGCAUCCCCAAUGUGUCCCCAGUGAGCGUGGAGCUCCAAGAGCUGUCCCCAGUCCUGCUGCAGCCACCGGUUGCUGUGGUGGUCACCCUGGAUGACCUGCUGGCCACCCUGCCCAGGCGGGACACGAUGCUGCUGAGGUCUGCAGAGAGCCUGCACUGGAGCCUGGCGGACUUCACCAGGGGGCUCUGGGCCACCCUGUACCACCUUGAUGGCACCUGGUGGCACCAAAAUAUCCGCUCCAAUGAUGAUGACCCUCCCACCUCCCUGAGCCAGGCCCUGGCUGCCUACAAGAGCACCCCAGGGACUCCCCGGAACCACGUGACAACGGUGGCCAGCAAGUGGCAGGGGUCGGUGGCCACGCUUGUGGACAGCUGGGCCCAGCUGGCCAGGAAAGCCACUGAACUCUCCAACAUCUGCAGGGAGGUGGCCACUGAGGCGGCCGACAGGGUGGCCACCGCCACCACCCGGGCCAGGGAGCUGCAGGACGAGGCUGCUCGUGGUGGGACAGCUCAGGAAAACAUGGUGGAGCUGGGUCAGGGUUUGGGCAGGGAGGAGGGGGUCGAGGUGGUGGCCGGGCAUGAAGCCCGGGUGAGGAGAGACGCCAUGGUGGCUGUCAGCGAGGUAACCAGGGCCACCAAGGAGACACGGCAGGUAGAAGAGGCCCUGGAGCUGCUGGAGCGCUUGGUGGCCGAGUGUGACGAAGCCACCGCCUUUCCCCGGGAGCUGCUGCGCAGGCUCAGGGACAUCGAGGCUGCCCUGGAGGGGACAAAUGAGGUGUCCCCCAAUGUCCCCGAGGACUUGGUGGCCAAGGUGGCUGAGGCUGAGCGGCUGUGGGAGGCCAAUGCCCGCCUGGCCAAGGGUCACCUGCUGAGGACAGUUGACAGCAUCAUCAAGUUCUAUUUCACUGGUGGUCCCGCCAGUCCCACUGCCUGUGGGGUGGCUGAGCGGUGCCUGAGAGCCACCGAGGUCAUCCCAAGGCUGGUUCAACUCCCGACACGUCCCCAAGCUGUCCCCAAGGUGUCCCCAGUGAACAUGGAGCCUCAAGAGCUGUCCCCAGCCCUGCUGCAGCCACAGGUCACCGUGGUGGCCAUCCUGGGCAAGCUGCUGGCUACCCUGCCCAGGCGGGAGAAGAUGAUGCUCAUAUCCUCAGUGAGCCUGUACUCAGACCUGGUGGCCUUCACCAGGGGGCUCCGGGCCCCCCUGAACUGCAUUGAUGGCACCUGGUGGCGCCACAAUGUCACCUCCGAUGAAGAUUACCCUGUCACCUCCCUGAGCCAGGCCCUGGCCGCCUAUAAAAGCACCACAUGCAUCACCUGGUUCCAUGUGACAAUGGUGGUCAGCAAGUGGCAGGGGUUGGUGAAUGCGCUUGUCAACAGCUGGGCCGGGCUGGCCAGGGAGGCCACCAAGCUCUGCAAUGCCUGCAGGGAGGCGGCCUCUGAGGUGGCCUACAUGUUGGCCCAGGUCAUCGCCCGGGUCAGGAAGCUGCAGGACAAGGCUGCCCGUGAUGGGACAGCGCAGGAAAAUGUGGUGGAGCUGGGUCAGGCCCUGGGCAGAGAGGAGGGGGCCGAGGUGGUGGCCGAGCAUGAAGCCUGGGUGAGGAGAGAGACCAGUGAGUUAACCAGGUACACCAUGGUGAGACAGCGGGUGGACGUGGCCCUGGGGCUGCUGGAGCGCUUGGUGGCCGCGUGUGACGAAGCCACUGCCUUCCCACGGGAGCUGCAGCGCCUGCUCAGGGACUUUGAGGACGCCCUGGAGGGGACAAAUGAGGCGUCCCCCGAUGUCCCGAAGGACUUGGUGGCCAAGGUGGCUGUGGCCGAGCGGCUGUGGGAGGCCAGUGCCCACCUGGCCAAGGAUCACCUGGUGGGGACACUUCCAGACAUCAAGUCCUAUUUCAAUGAUGGCCCAGCCAGCCUCAGUGGCUUUGAGGUGGCCGAGCGGUGCCAAAGAGCCACCAAUGACAUCCCAAGGUAG